AUGGUCCAGAGAGCGGCUGGCGGUACUACCCGAGGCCGAGGGAGCGGUCGGUCAUCUCGUACUUCAGGCCAAGGACGGAGUCAGUCCGUGACCCGCGGAAGCGUGGCGGCCGCUUCGGAAAGCGCCGACCCGAAGGUCACUCAGGCACCGACGCCUACUCAGGGAACGGUGCCGACGGGAACGUCGACUGUCUCGGGGACGGCGGGAGCAGACGCAAGUCCAGUAGUCGCGUCGAAGACCCAGGGGGGCCCCGUGCAGGCACCCAGCCCAGGUCUUCAACGCGCGAUCGAUUACUUCCAAGGCCAGCUAGGCUUGUCGGUGAGUGAGGGAUCCACCUUGAUUCCCUCCCAAGCCCACACUGAGAAUGUGGCCGGGAGUCAGACAGUUGCACUAUCGACACCUCCCCUUUGGAACUACGGAAGAACCCCAGAAGUGACCAAUGGGAUGACUCCCCUGAUAAAUUCUGCGACCACAAGAGUAAGGACGGCCAUCCCGUCCUACGGGGGUUGUACUAUCGGGAGCCAGAUGAACCCGACCAAUCCUGGAUUCAACCCAUUCUUCGUUAACCCCGACUGGGCCCGCACGCCCGUGGUGCCCCAGACAAUCCCCGCUGCUUCAUCUGGAUCCGCUUGGAACACCCCCUUGACUGCAACGCCGGCCGGGUGGCAAAGCGCAGCCCGAUCCGGAGGAUAUUCGUAUGCGUACCAACCAACUACUCCGAAUACUCCGGCACUCUACACUCAGAGUGGGUGGCCAGGGACGCCAUCUACUACUACGGGAAGACACUACGGACCUGGAGGGCCAAGUGGACCAGGAGGGCCAAGUGGACCAGGAGGCCCGAACGGUCCGGGAGGACCUGGAGGUCCGGGAGGCCCGGGGGGACCGAAUCCUCCUGAGGGCUUCCCUCCCUCGUCGGGAGCGCCGUUUCCAGGGAAUAACGGUUUCACCGGUGGAGGCUUCCAGAAUAGUGGCCCAACUCACUCGCAGAUGAUGGGAUACGUGUCGUACGGGAUGCCUUCUCACAUCAAGAAUGCGGUCCGCAUGAUACAACCGUUCUACUCGGAUGGGUCUUCGGUAGAGAAGGCAAGGACUUUCUGGGAAGCAUUCGAACGUGCUACGGAGGGAUUGAGCGAGCCCUUGAGGCUGAGUGCGUUCCGUGAGUGCUUAAAAGGAAAGUCAGGUGAAGAAUGGUGGACUCACUCGCAGAUCAACGACUUCGAGACUCUCCGGACACGGUUCCACAACCAGUUCGUGUGCCAGACCCCGUUGCAGAUGAUCGAGCGCCUCAAGACCACCAAGCGUCCAAAAGGCGUGUCAGCCGAAGUUUGGGGAGACCAAGUUUCUAGUCUAUGUGACGCCGCUCAGUGCUUCGACCCUCAGAUGAGGUACCAGUACUUUUUGUCGGGACUGCGUAACUCGGAAUGGAAGGCAGCGCUGGCUACGACCAUGGUGAAUUCAAUUCCCGAAGCCGUAGCCUUCCUACUGUACAAGAAUAUGCACCUACCGGUCGAAGAUGCGUCCGAGUUCGAGGAUGACUCGUCGAAGAACGAUGAAUCCACAAGAGCUAUGGUGAGGCAAGUGAUGGGAAUGGUACAGCAGACUCAAAAUCUGCUGGCGCAACAACACCAACUGGGGGUUCCUAUGAACCACCAAGUCGCCGCCGCGUACCAGACCUCUCAACAAAGUCAAGUACCGAACCAGAUGAGUCCGGUGGCUCCUCCGUUCACACCUGGGAGAGGAAUUCGCCAAGGCGCAGACAUGUACACGCAAGAUGGCCACAUUGUCUGUGGGAGAUGCCACACGCUGGGGUGCAGUAGAAUCACCUGCUGGCGGAGUCGAGCCACGUGCACUAACUGUGGACAAGAAGGACACGCCCGUAUGGAGUGCGAGGAACCCUACAAGCAGCCUAAUCGGCCCCAAGGCCAGAGUCAACAACGCACUAGCCCCUAUAACAACCGUAACGGUCAGCAACGUUCCGGAAGGGCUUAUUUCCUCUGCAAUCAGAAGGAUCAUCUAGUUGCAGAGUGCCCGGUGAGAGCUUCAUUUCAGCAGUACAAGUCGCAACAAUCGACGGGGAGCGGUGCUCAUCAAGGGCAAACACCCGACGCAAACGAGGCCGCUUUGAACUCUCGAGGAGAGUCGACCGUCGCGUAUGAAGUGGGCCUCGUCUCGAACGGAAUGAAUCAACCCACCCGGGAUGCGACUGAAGUGAAGGUAAAUGAAGUGUAUGUGACUGAAGAAAUGGAUCAAGAAGGACAAUUUGACGAAGAGCUGAGCUCGGAGAGUACCGAGCGCGUGCAGAGUGUGUCGAUGGUAGCAGAGGCUACGGAAGCAUCGAGAGUGAACCCGCAAAGAAAAGUCUGA